GGAUGGAAUGACAGAAACGCUGAGGUGGUGUGUAAAUCUUUGGGGUGUGGGGGCCUUGUGGGUACCGAUAAAGAACUGACACUUUACAAAGAUCCUCCUCCGCCUGAAAAAUACUGGAUGGAUCACGUAGAGUGUUCAUCUAAAGCGGAGAGACUUGAGGAUUGCGUCUAUGUUAUACCGAUGGAUGGACAAUGCAAAGAGAGUUUUGUUGCUGUUGAAUGUGCUGGAAGUGUUAGACUGCGUUUGAAUAUGAAUGGGCAGAUGGAUAAAUGUGCUGGUGUGGUUCAGUUCUCAACACAGAUCGGUGUUGUUGGCAUCUGUAACUCCGGGUGGGAUGAGGACAAAGCAAACAGGGCAUGUAAGGAACUUAAUUGUGGAGAAAGUCAUUACAUUUCCAAAUCGGACAUUUUUCAAGUUCAGCCGAGCAGUCGCAGUGGACUCCUACAGUGUCUUCAGGAAAAAGACAACACAGAAUUCUUAUGGCAGUGUAUGAAAUGGCCAUAUAAUGACACUUGCUCGGAAUACACCAGUGUGAUCUGCACCAAACACAGGAGAUUUCGUCUGCAGAAUGGCAGCAAUCUUUGCUCUGGGUCGUUGCAAGAGUACAGUGUCGCUACAAGAUCGUGGGUUUCUCUUCAGCAAAUCGACGUUGCACCUGAAACCGUAUGUGCUCAGAUGAAUUGUGGUGCCAUUGGAAACAUUACACAUGAAAAUACAAAUGCCAGCGUACACCUGACGUGCCCAGACGACGUCAAGCUGCGCAACUUUACAUCUGCGUGUUUUGGAUCUGUGGAUGUUGUUGUUAAUGGCACUGCGCGUGGAGUGUGUUACAGUGACACCCUGUCCCGUAACCUGGGGAAAGUGGUCUGUCGAGAGCUUAAAUGUGGUGAGGUGUUGGAUGUGAAACAGGGCAGCUGGAUAGAAAACGGCUGGCUGAGUAACGUCGAGUGUCAAGGCGAUGAAGAAUCGCUGUGGCAUUGCCUGGCCAAACACCAGAACACCAAAUGUCAAAGUACCACCGUCAUAUGUUCAGAUAGUCUGGAGGUGCAUCUGAGUGAUGGUUUCAGUCGCUGUUCUGGACGUGCAGAGGUAAAGCUGUAGGGUUCUUGGAAAUCUUUUAGCUCCAAAGACUGGACGAUUUUGAACUCUGAUGUGGUGUGUAAACAUCUUGAAUGUGGGGGAUCGAGUGACUUAUCUCAAGAACUGUUUAUAGAGGGGAAACAGGUGGAGAGGGAUUGGAUGGUCCGAUGCAAAAGCUCUUCAGCAAAGCUUCACGAAUGUCUCCAGAAAUCAGACAAAAAUCAAGACAUUUUUGCCAAACAGGAGACAAAGGAAAUAAUUUGCCAAAAGGAAGAACUCAUUUUCUUUGAAGGUGACCAGCCCUGCCAGGGAAGAGUUCGCAAGUUGUCGUUUGACAGUAAGAACAGCUCACCUGUAAAACACGCAUCGCAAAACAAUGAGACGGCUUCUCGUUUGUGCAAAAAAAUGCGGUGUGGAUCCGAAGGGGUUUUCGAAAAUAACACCACCACCCAGCCCAUUGUCAAGUGUGCAGGGUCAGUGAUCGUGAAGCUUUCAAACCCCAACAAGGAGAGAUGCUGGGGGACAGUGGAAGUAUGUAGAGAUGACGGGUGUGGAGGGGUUUGCCGAAACACCUGGAGAACACGUGACUCUGAAAAGCUUUGUGGAAACCUGGGCUGUGGAGAUCCAGUUAAGACACUGUUCACCUUCAAGACACAAAGCGCACCAGUGAAGGAUUAUAGCGUGUACUGCUCAGGGGAGGUGAAAAAUCUGAGCAUGUGCAAUUUUGUUCCCAACGAAAACUCCUUCUGCUCGGAUCCAGCAUCAGUAAUUUGCAAAGACAGUAUUAAAGUUGAACUGAUAGAUCCGAGAGACAAAUGUGCUGGAAAUGUGACGUUGUAUUAUGCUGGGAAAAGGAUGCCCGUCUGCAAGGACAGUCUUGAUAAAGGUCUUCAGAAUACAGUCUGCAGGGAACUGAACUGUGGUCAGGCUGAAUCUGUUGACGUGGCUCGGUAUGGACUGUCCCAAACUGAAGGAUGGACCAGAUUGUUUCUCUAUAAGAACAGAAAUGCAUGCAGUGGUCCUGUACACGCUCUGAGCUCCACAGGAGAAAAAACAACAGGUACAAAGCUUGUCAGUAACCAAGGGUGGACCAAAGAGGAAGGACAGGUGUUGUGCGAGUAUCUACAGUGCGGAAACUACAAAAAUCAUUCCGAAGAGCCAAUGAAAACCACAGAAUGGUGGAACAAGACCUAUAAUUGCUCAGGGAAGAAGAAUAUAUGGGAAUGCGAGAGAGAUGAUCAGAAGAUUAUAGAGCAAAAGCAGUUAAACAUCACAUGUGAUGGUAAACGUCCAGAAGUCACCCUCUCGAGCCCAUGCACUGGGGACAUGCUCAUAGAUAAGGAGCCUGUGUGUGCUGUUUAUGUUUCUAAAGAGAAGGAACUCAUUUUUAAUCAGUUAUGUAACAACAUGGGUUGUGGUAACGCCAUCCAAAACACGCAGAGGUCGAUUGCUAAUAAAACCAACGGCUGGUAUUUCAGCUGUAUUGGACACGAGACAUUUCUGUGGCAGUGCUACUCUUGGAAAGGCACGUGUGAUCACAUCACCUCUGUGGCCUGUCAGAAGAUUGUUCAGUUCAGCACCACAGAAAAAUGUGGCGGGUUUCUUGGGGUCAAAUUUCGAAAUCAAUGGGAAUAUGUCUGUGCAGACAUUAGUGAUUCUGAUCGUGAGAAGGUUUGUGAAGCACUCGACUGCAAGAAUGGUCAGACACUGAAUGAAAGACAAUUAAACGAGAUGGCUAAAGAUAUACAGGUGACAGUCACGUGCCCUGAAAAGCACCAAAACAUGAAUCAGUGUGUGCGGCUUUUACAAAAAGAUGAGAAUGAAAAAUGCCAAAAUCGACGGGCUGAAAUCACAUGUGAAGGUCAUGCGGAAAAAACUCAAGUAAACGUCGGUCUGAUAGUCGGUGUUUUGCUGGGCAUUCUGGGAUUGCUGGGUGUGAUUUCACAGAGAAAUCGACUUUCAGCCUUAAGACGCUACGGACAAAAAGAUGCCAAAGACAAAAGCUUAAAUGCAAAUGAGAUGAAUAACAUGGAAACAGUGGACAGAGAUUCUGAGGAAAAGAUGUCAUUGUUUGAAAAGGACGAUUAUGAGGAGGUGGAUGCUCCCAUAACCAACAGAAAAGGAGAGGAUGAUGCAGAUGAUAAAAGUGCAGGUUCUACUGGGACAGAAUAUGAUGACAUUGAGGAACAAGCCCAUGACGUCUCCCAUUCUCAAACGCACGAUGAGGACGACCCUGGCCUUCCACUGCUUCCCAAGAGACCUGAGACCUUGCUUGAUGAGGUCACCUAUGAAGUGGAGAUAGAAGGAGAGCAAGACUAUGAUGAUGCCAUGCCCGGAGAGCCUCUGGCCAAUGAGAAUGCAGGGACUCCUACGGCAGACCCGCCAGCCCAAGCUGAUGUAAUCAUGGAUGCUGAAACAAAUGCAAAUAUUGAGGUAGUGGAGGUAGAUGUUCACGCCCAACCAGAAUGA